AAUCUUGGAUCUGCUGCGGCCAGUCCAAGUCGGCGCGUCACGAAGAAGCAGGCUCACUCCGUCGCUCCUUGUUGGAAGACCGCAGAAAGCUCUGGAAUUUCAACCCCUUCUUGCUUCGCUCCUGCUGGGAAUUUUGGACUUUUCAUCCACUGACAGAAAAGGCGAGAUCGAGCCCACCCGCUUCGUCGUCGAUGACACGCGACAAAAAAAAGCUCGCCCUGAUGUGACGCACUUCGCCCAUGGAGCCUCGGGGCAACAUGCUACACGCACGGACACAGCGCUCAGCGUUCCGGGUCCAAAGAACCAGCAAGCCAGAGGACCUUCGUCUCAUAUUGUGAUAGCAGAGCAGCAAACGUCUCCCGCGAAGCUUCCGGACAGCAAAGUUGCAUCGGGAACCACCGGGGGACCGUCCGUCCCGCACCUCCUGGCGCGGUCCCGUCCCGCCCCACCCGAACGUCCGUCCGUCCAGUCGCGCCGCAGGAUGGGAGGCUUCCUUUUGCGUCUGGCCGUCGUGGCCGCCGCCCUGCUGAUGGUCCUCAGAGCAGAAGCCGCAGGUCAGAACCCAGACCACGUCCUCCAGGGCACGGGCGUGAAGGCGGAGGCCAGGCGGCACGGCGAGGACUCCACCGUCGCACCUGAGGACGCCGCUCGCUUCCUCAGCUGCUAUUGCUCCGGGCACUGCCCCGAAGACGCCGUCAACAACACCUGCCAAACCAACGGGCAGUGUUUCGCCAUCAUCGAGGAGGACGAGCACGGCGAGGCCCUCCUCACGUCGGGCUGCAUGAAGUACGAAGGCUCACACUUCCAGUGCAAGGACUCUCCGAAAGCCCAGACCAGGAGGACCAUCGAGUGCUGCGGUACCGACUUCUGCAACAGAGACCUGCAGCCCACGCUGCCCCCGCAGGCUCCUUCAGAAAGCAGCCCCCACUGGUGGGCCUUCCUCAUCUCCAUGACGGUGUGCUGCUGUACGCUCGUUUGCGUCACGGUCCUUUGCUACUACAGAUACAAGUGGCAAAGCGAGCGUCAGCGUUACCACAAGGACGUGGAACAGGAAGUGUUCAUCCCUGUCGGGGAGUCCCUCAAAGACCUCAUCCACCAAUCACAGAGCUCCGGCAGCGGCUCCGGGCUCCCCCUCUUGGUUCAGCGGACCAUCGCCAAGCAGAUCCAGAUGGUUCGCCAGAUCGGGAAAGGUCGCUACGGCGAGGUGUGGCUGGGCCGCUGGCGAGGCGAGAAAGUGGCCGUCAAGGUGUUCUUCACCCGAGAGGAGGCCAGCUGGUUCCGAGAGACCGAAAUCUACCAGACCGUGCUCAUGAGGCACGACAACAUCCUCGGCUUCAUCGCGGCGGACAUCAAGGGCACGGGCGCCUUCACGCAGCUCUUCCUCAUCAGCGACUACCACGAGAACGGCUCGCUGUACGACUUCCUGAAGACGGCCACGCUGGACACGGCCACGCUCCUGCGCCUCGCGUACUCGGCCGCCUGCGGCCUGUGCCACCUCCACACCGAGAUCUACGGCACGCAGGGCAAACCCGCCAUCGCCCACCGCGACCUCAAGAGCAAGAACAUCCUCAUCAAGAAGAACGGCGCCUGCUGCAUCGCCGACCUGGGCCUCGCCGUCAAGUUCAACAGCGACACCAACGAGGUGGACAUCCCCCUGAGUACGCGUAUGGGCACGCGGCGCUACAUGGCCCCGGAGGUUCUGGACGAGAGCCUGAAGAAGAACCAGUUCCAGGCCUACCUCAUGGCCGAUAUGUACAGCUACGGAUUGGUCGUCUGGGAGAUGGCGAGGCGCUGCGUCACCGGAGGUAUGGUGGAGGAGUACCAGCUUCCGUACUACGACACGGUGCCGUCGGACCCGUCGUACGAGGACAUGCUGGAGGUGGUCUGCGUCAAGGGGCAGCGCCCCACCGUGUCCAAUAGAUGGAACAGCGACGAGUGUCUGCGCGCCAUCCUGAAGCUGAUGUGCGAGUGCUGGUCGGCCAGCCCGGCGUCGCGCCUCACCGUCCUGCGGGUGAAGAAGACGCUGGCCAAAAUGGUCGAGUCGCAGGACAUCAAAAUCUGAAGCGCCGAAACGCAACCGACGCCAGACAACUUUGGGAGAAAAGGAAAAACGGAAAGCGCCCGUCGUCAUCGCGCUCGUCCUUCUUCUCGUCUUCCUCCGCUGACGCUUUCCGUGAAAGCAACGCAGACCACUUCCUGUCCCGUUCAUCCACUUCCUGUUUUGGAACAAGCAAACAAACGAUACGAACUUUGGAUUUCCUCGUCGUGUCCUAAAAUGUCUCGGCCGCAUGGGAGGCGUAGACCGUCCGUCCUGUUCUUGUCGUCCGUUUUUGUUUAUAAACAUAGGCAGAGCCGCUCGCCGCCCGCAAGCAAUCUCAUUGGUGGAGACAGACCUCAGUGGGUGGAGCUGAUGAGAGGAAGUGAAGUUUCACAUUUUAUUUAUAACAAACUCUAUGGUCAUGUACGCAAAACGUGAGUGAAAUGAAAGUCAUUUUAUACGCGAUGCACAGCUACAAGGAGGGAGCACCAACGCUAACUUAGCAUUAGCUGCUAACGCUAACGGUGAAACGUCAAGACCGCAAACUAAAGUUGGCCAACACGGCGUUUUGUACGAAAAGAAAGUAUCGGGUUCCCGCCCCACACACACAAAUCCAAUUUAUAGUUUGAAUCAUAUUUUUCCUCCUGUAAAAAGUAACAUAAUUCAACCCGACUUUACGCUAACCACGUGUCUUUGCGGGAAUUAUAGUCGCCAGAUGCUAAUUCUAGGUUGUAAAAACAGAUUUUGUAAACUAGCUCCUCUCUUUUUGCAACCAUGUUAAUGUAAGCAGUUUUAUGACAUUGAAAAUUAUAUAUAUGUACUUCUUGUUAAACAUUGUCCUGACAAAUAAACGUAAUCGUUCGAAUCAGUUAAUUCCACAAAGCAAAGUUAACGCUAAAGUAAAAGCGUUCCGAUAACGAGCUAACGUGCGCUUAGUUUGGCUCCUCCCACUGAGCUUUCAUACGUCCAGACUUUUGUAAAUGUUUGUUGUUGUUGUUUUUUUUUUUUUGUUUUGUUUUUUUUUUAACUUAAGACUUUCUACAGCAGGAACAUCAACGCCCAAGUUUGUCGAAACUCGCCAGACGGUUCCGGUCGCGCUGAGGGUUAAAGCGCAACUUCGCAUUGAAGAGAAUUUUUGGUUCAGGUUGACUUGUGAACUUUUCGCAUCCGCUUCCACCGCGCUAAAAGCUGCAUUGACGUCUUUGGCGGACGCGUGAUGGUCGUCCAACGUCAGCGUGUCCCUUUUUAACGUCGGUUCUCGAUCGUUGUCGCGCGGAGCAGGGCGAACCGCCGACUGGCUUUUUGUUUUUAACCAGUCGACUUUUGUUUUUCCUCCUCUAAUAUGCAAGAAUCCUUGCGAAACAUAGAAAUGUUAUUUGUUCUUUUGUGCCUUAAGAGUUUACCAAGGGGGGGGGGAUGUAUACAGUCUGUCCAAUGUAACAAUUUUAAGUAAAUAACCUUAUUUUUAGUACUCAACAAUUGGUGUGUUUUCACAUGGAGGAAAAUCAGCUUGAAUCAAUUUCUUCUGUGGUGGGGGAAAAAAAAAAAAAGUUCUCAUUCAAUAGUGGAGGGUAUUUCACACUUAACUGAAUAAAUUACUUGAUUUAUGAACUGUUCCUAAUCACAACCACUGGAUGGCUCAUUGGCCACCAAAACGGAAGUCGUCAUCCGCCAUCU